GAAGCUGGAAACUGGAACACUGAAGCCGGUGGGUGUGCCUGUGGAUCUGACACCUCUCUCCCGUAAUCCAAGCAUUUUCCGUUACGCCCCUGAGGAGAGAGAGAGAGGCAGAGAUUACCCUGCAUUACGGGGAGUGGUAGUGGUAGGUAAUCCGGUACAUCGCGCGCGAAAUUUACUCUCCCUCUCCACUUGCUCUCCCCCGAUGACUCCUACCCACCAUUGCUAGUCCAAUACAAAGAAUCCGCAUUGGCAUUCUGCAAUGGCAAUGGCGAAGCUGCGCGAGCGCCGGCAGCUGCGGCUGUCCGUGCCGGCGUCGCCGCCGCCAUUCCCGCACCUGGACCACCCCUUCGCCGCCCUGCCGUCCACGCCGCCGGGCUCGCCCGUCCUGGCGGAGCUCGAGAUGCUGUCCGUCGUCGGGCGCGGCGCGGGCGGCACGGUCUACAGGGCGCGGCACCGGCGCACGGGCGCCGCGCUCGCGGUCAAGGAGAUGCGCGACGACGGCGCGGCGCUCCGCGAGGCCGGCGCGCACCUCCGCGUGGCCGCCGCGGCGCCCGACCACCCGUCGGUCGUCCGCCUCCACGGCGUCUGCGUCGGCCACCCCGUCGCCGGGAACCGGUUCGUGUACCUCGUCCUCGAGUACCUCCCGGAGGGCUCCCUGAGCGACGUGCUCGUGCGGGGCGCCCUCCCGGAGCCCGCCAUCGCCGGCGUCACGCGGUGCGUGCUCCGUGGCCUGAGCCACCUGCACCGCCUCGGCGUCGCGCACGGCGACGUGAAGCCGUCCAACCUCCUCGUCGGCCACCGCGGCGAGAUCAAGAUCGCCGACUUCGGCGCCAGCCGCGUCGUCACGGGCCGCGACGAAGCCCACCACCAGUCACCCGGCACGUGGGCGUACAUGAGCCCCGAGAAGCUCCACCCGGAAGGGUUCGGCGGCGGUGGCGGCGCCGACUUCUCCGGCGACGUGUGGUCCCUGGGAGUCGUGCUGCUCGAAUGCCACGCCGGCAGGUUCCCGCUCGUGGCCGCCGGGGAGAGGCCGGACUGGCCGGCGCUCGUCCUGGCCGUGUGCUUCGCCGCCGCGCCGGAGGUGCCCGUCGCGGCGUCGCCGGAGUUCGGCGGCUUCGUGCGGCGGUGCCUGGAGAAGGACUGGAGGAGGAGGGCCACCGUGGAGGAGCUUCUUGGACACCCCUUCGUCGCGGGAAAGCCGUCUCGUUGCGAGCGCCAAAACGAGUGGCGCACCACCUUCCAGGACAAAACUGGCCAAGUGAACACGAGCAUCUACGGAGAAGAAUAGAAGAUGAAAUUAAAGUUUAAAAGGAAAAAACAAUUUUGAUCGCUUAAUUGGAUCUUUGAUCAGAGCUGGUAAUGAUGCAAGUCCAACGGGAACGUGAAUGAGAGAGGACUGGUUAGUAUAGAUGAUCAUCUGGACCUGCAUGAUUUGGUGAGUCCUGAAGAGAUUUUCUUUUGCUUCACCUGGACUAGGAUCAGUUUUUUGGAAACAAGUUCUGUUAGGAUUUUCAGGGAAAUAAGUUAAUAAGAUAGAGGGCUUUGGUUUA